GGACAACAGCGGUUAAUUUUAAAAAAUAGUCGCCAGCAAGGCGCUAACCGUUUUGGAUUGCUUUGGUGCUGCAAAUCGUGGAAGCCAUUUCGUGAAUUUUAGUCCAUCAUUCCAAUAUUUCAUAAAAUUUCGUUCUCCCCUCACUAGAUCACCAUGGCGCCGAGGAAAAGAACCACGAACAAAAGUCGUAAAAAUGGCCCUAAGAUGGCCAAACUGGAGGCUUUUCUCGACGACUUUGACAGUGAGGUAAAAACAAAUGUGGAGAGAAUGAAGGAGAGCACAAACUGCAUUCUUAAGGAUGCAGACAAUUUCUACAACAUGGCGCUGAUAAAGCUGUCCAAGGCAGUGCGGCAGAUGAACUGGAUUGAGUUGUGCGAGUCUGAGAAGGAAAAAGAGAAGACACCAGAAGAAGAUGCAAAGAAAGAAGAGGUGGCGGCUCAGGUGGAAAGUGUCAUGGCAGAGGUUCACGCCAUUCCACCCAAGUCUGCCAAGAAAUUGGUCCCGAAGCGCAAUGGAGUGGGGGCAGCCUCUGAGGAUGAGGAGAACGUUUCCCAGAACCAGGCUACCGUGAAGAAGGGUAAAACUACGAAGAAAGUGCCCUCCACCUCCAAAAGGGCUAAAGCUAUCUCGGUCAGCAAGCAGAACGCCUCAAUCCGGAAAUCCAACCGGAAGCCCCUCAUCACUCCUGCUCGCAACCUGGACUCCUCCCUCAUGGGCCCUACUCCCCUGUUCACCCCACGCUUCGACUCCAGGCUCCCGAAAACGCCGGCGGUGCGAGUGCCCCGGCACAAAGAAAGGGUCUACAGCAUCUCCGUCAACGGCUCCCCCAUCGCCGGCGGCGUCGACGACAUCGUCCUGAAUAUCCCCUCAGGGAACGGAGAGUGCCUCCAGCUGCUGGCCAGUGAGAUGGAGUCUGUAGAUCUGACCCAGCUGGAUGAUACCACGUUGCAGAGCAUCAGACUGCUUCAGAAUCGCCUCACGACACUCUGUGGACAGCCAAAGUGAUGACCACAAAGGCCACUACCAGCUUUGUACAGGAUUUAUUUUGUUAUACAGUUAAAUGCAAAAGCAUUGGGACAGUGACACAUUUUUUAUUGUUUUGGCUCUACUCCAGCACAUCGACUUGCCUGUCAGCUUUAAGGUGGCGUUUGCAUCCAUAUUCUGGUAUCAGCACAGGAAUUACAGCCCUUUAUACAUAGUACCCACCCCACCCAAUUUUAAUUAUUGCAAAAGUAAUUGGACAAAUAAACAUACUCUGAAAUGGUUGUCAUAUUUAGUACUCUAUUGUAAAUCCUUCACAUUUGAUGAGUGCCUGAAGUCUGCAGCUCAUUGACAUCAUUGGGCAUCUUCCCUGGUGCUGCUCUGCCAGGCCUGUACUGCAGCCAUCUUAAUGUGCUGCAGUACAGGGCCAAAACAACAAAGACGUGUCGCUAUCCAAAUACUUCACACUGCACUGUAUAUAUCUUUACCAUCAUUUUUCUCAGCUCUUAAAGUGUAUAUUUCUAUAUCAUGUAUUUUACUGUCCAUCAGCAGGAGUGAAACACUUUUAAUACUUUAUGGUUAUUUUAAAAGUGCCAUGUUUUAUAUUUGUCAUGUUUUUUGUCAGUAAGAAAGAAUAUGAUUUACUAUGUGCAAAUGCGCACAGCAUCUCAGCCUGGGUUUUUAUUUCAUUUAGUGUUUUUUUGCAGCAAUCCAUUACCUGAAAGGCUGGUGAGUUAGCUAGCAGGCUAGCACUCAGCCUGGUGCUUCACUUCCAAUUCCAGUUGUCAGCUGCCCAAAUGGCAGUGAUCUCUGCCCAUUCAUUAGCUCCCCUGGUUGUGAUUGUUUUAAUUUUUAUUUAGCAAAUUUCAUACUUUCAAUACAGAACCACCUUAACCAAA